AUGGUGGUCUGGGUGCAGUUUCCGCCCUUUCCGGUGCACUUCUACCACAAGGAAAUCCUCUUCUCGUUAGGGAACAUGUUAGGUCGGGCUAUCAAACUGGAUUAUCACACUCUUCAUCAACAACGUGCCAAGUUUGCUCGUAUCGCUGUGGAAAUUGACCUCUCGAAGCCUCUGGUCACGCGCAUCAGAUUGGACGGCCAAUGGCAAUAUGUCGAAUACGAGAACUUACCAACAGUGUGUUUCGAAUGUGGUAGAAUUGGUCACUUGGGAGAAAGCUGCCCAUCUCUCACACCCCCAGUACAACUUAUCACGGCCGGUCCAUUGACGAACUCGUCGGAAACCUCCGGGAACGAAGAGGCGGAAGAGCGAACUGGCUACGACCCAUGGAUGCAGGUCACCCGACGAUCACGGCGAGGAAACCGGGGCACCGAAAAUGGAAACUCCAAUAAGAAAAUGGGAGACUCGCAAAUCAGUGGUGGAGUUGGGAAAGGAAAGAACAAUUAG